AGUCACAUAAGCGAGACUAAUGCAGAACAUUUUCUCUCAAUUUGGAGCUGUCAUUUUCUACAACGUGCACCGAUUCAUUUGUCACAGCGACGUAAAAAAACGAGUGAAGCAAUUAUUCAAAACCAAAUCGUAUUUCAAGGUAAACUUCACGAUUUAAUCGAAGCCAAGAAUCACUUUUCGUUUGCACCAUGUUGUGGAAGAAGGAGUCAAGCCAAAAAGAUGCACUGUACGUCGAUUUCUUUCUUCUAAAGGGCCAUGCAGCGUUGAAUCGUUUUUACUCUGCGAUUGAAUCGCAUUACGAGGACUCAACGUGUGAGAAAAGUGACGAAAAAUCGGAGAAAAAACGAAAUGAAGGGAAUAAAUUGUUUCAAGAGCGUGAAUGGGCCGCAGCAAUGGAAAAGUACAACGAAAGCCUUUCUUACGCUAAGCACGGAUCGAAAAAUAUCAGUUUAGCGUUUGCAAAUCGGUCCGCUUGCUUUUUCAACAUGAAACGAUACAACGAAUGUCUCAUUGACAUCGGACUGGCCGUAGAAGCCGGCUAUCCGGAAGAUUUGAUGCCUAAGCUGGAUAAACGUAGAGCGGAUAGUUUGAAACGUAUAGAAUCCGGUGCACAACUAAUCGAUGACUUUGGCUUGAAAAUGGAUUUUGCGGCCGAUGAAAAGUUUCCGUGCAUGGCCAAUGUUUUGAACAUCAAACAAGGCGGCGAUGGUGAUUUUUCAGUUUUCGCCAAAACAGACAUCGAUGUGGGCCAAACGAUCGCUGUCGAAAAGGCAUUCACAACCUGUUUGUACACGCGGUUUGGAUGGAGAUGCAAUCUUUGUUUGAAACAAAACACAAAUCUGAUAGCGUGCGACAAAUGCACCGUUGCCAUGUUUUGUCACGAUGGAUGCCAGAGCAGCCCGUUGCAUGGCUAUGAAUGCGGUUUGAAAUUUGCCGGUCAUAAUCAAAUGUUGGGUGCCCUGAUGAAUGAAAUUCGGACCAUAAUCAAAGUGGUCAACAUGUUCGCCAACAUCGAUGAGCUCAUGGAUUUCGUUGAACAAGCUAUCACAACCGAUCCGAAUGAAUUGCCACACGCAUUGCUCGAUGAGAAAUCAAAGUAUCGAGCAUUUCUGAAGCUUCCGUAUCUUCAAUCAUGUGCGCAACAAGAUGAAUUCAUCCCCAUUGUUUUCUGCAUUUACAAAACACUCAUCGGAAUGCCGAAAAUUAAUGCCUUGUUCAAGCUACAAAAACACAGCCGAUUUCUGAUGCAUCUCAUUGCACACCAUAAUCAAGUCGCCAACAAUAAUUCGAUACGCAUCAGAUCAUCGAUUCAACUCAACGAACGCAGAGAAAUGUGCUGCCAUGCUGGCUUGAUUAAGCAUUUCUUCAAACAUUCGUGCGCGCCCAAUGUUUUAUGGACUGAUCGUGAUGGACAUUCGGUCAUUAUUACGAUUCGCCCGGUUAGCAAAGGACAAGAGCUGACAAUGUUCUAUUUUGAUAUUCUGAUGGAACCAAAAUUGAAUCGGCAAAAAAUCCUAUGGGAAAACAAGCAGUUUGUUUGCAAUUGCACACGGUGUGACGGUAACACCGCUUCACGGACGCAACGCAAACGCAUCACGUCAGACUCGAAUUAUCAGAAAAUUGUGUCCAAAAGUGGACGCGAUGAUUCACAAACAAUGAUGGACAAAUGCGAAAUGUUUUUGAGGACGUACAAUCAAAUCCCCUGGUGUGAUGAAAUCGGAAGGGUGGUUUGUGCCUACAUAAGUAUCAUACGCACCCGGCUAAUCGGAUCGGUGACAUCGGACACAAUUUUCCAGAAUUAUCUAUUGAACAAAACGACCGAAGCAUUCAUUGCUUUUCUACGUACAUACGACAAUAAUUCAUGGCAAAAGGAAAUCGCAAUCCAAAUAAAUACGCAUAUGGAUCACCUACGGAAGAGAUCAACUGGAUGUAGUCUCUACACAAUGCCAUCAAUGAUGGCCAAAUAGCCAUUCGAAUGAAUAAGUCUGGUCAAUCUAUUCAUCCUAUUUGCGAAAACGUAUGUUCAAUAUUUAAAAUCAUACCAUUUAUUUUAUAUCAAAUUAAUAGUAUCAAUGCAUUCAUAAUAUUUUUUAAGCGAUUUACGAAAUGAAUUACUUUAUUAAUAAAGAAAUAACACGUAUCAAA